CAGUAUUUGAUUGGCGAUGAAUCGGAAGCGUUGUUGUUAUAUCAUGUUAAAAUCGUCGCUUGCUGCUUAUUACCUUAGAUUAUUGGGAUAGUUUACUUUUUAAUAUAUAGCGUUAUAUAGCAAUAAAAUAAAUUAUUUUAAUAUUUUGAAAAAAAUACAUCGAAAAUGAAUGACACUCAAUGUGUUAUGGGGAGGCGUAGGAUGUUGUAGUGUAAUUUUCAAGGCUGUGGUUCCCUAGGCGCGUAAAGCGCUCCUCAUUCCUCGGUGCGGCUACUCGCCCGCAGUCUGCAGCCCGCAUCAUUCAGCCGCCGCCGCCGACCUCUGCUACACGCCCGGAUCCGCUCCUCGUGUAAACAAUGCAUUCCGCGAUGACCGACGCUAACCAUCUGGUGUAACUAUAUCAAACAUAAGUGUGGGAAACAGUGCGUCGAGUUUCACGAACCAUGUUGUUCCCGGUGUAUGUGUGUUAUUUUCUCGUGACGGUGGUAGCAGCUGGUGACUUCUUCAGUAAUGGUGAACCGACGGUUUUUCGAAAAUGUUGCCCUCGGCAACACAGUCUCGUCAAGGUGGUAACGGAUCAUUACAAACAUUUUGAUUGUUUGGACCGGCUUAGCUUAGCGCAAACUUACAAUAUUUCAUAUUCCCCUUUGAUAAUAAGUGAUGAACGAUUCGUUUCUGUCGAUUACGGCUUGCCGAUAUUGUGCGAUGGAAUAAACAUGAUAGUCAGUGCGGUUGACUUAGAAGCUAAGUUAUCGACUUCACUGAAUAUCUGUUAUGAUAGGUUAGUGGCAGAAGUCAGCAAUGGUACGUUAAUGCCAUACAUUCCGCAAACGAUAGGGUUAACCUGUAUUAACAAUGAAACUGAAACUAAAUCGGAAUCAGCCUUACAAAUAAAUCACGUGCGAAAAUGCUGUAAGAAAGGACAAGUUUUUAGCGCUAGGUAUCAUGUGUGUGUAGAUAGUGGAGACAAUGACGAGCAGUGGAUUGUUGACCGUUUGAAUUUAACAGACAGUUAUGUUUACGAAGUAGACAUAGGCUUGCAGUGCAAGUCCGAUGAGUACGCUGUUGAAUUACGACAAAGAGAUUAUACUUUUUCUGUAGAUAAAAACGUUUUAAUAGCUACGAAUAGGAACGAUAGAAGUAAAACAAAUAGCCUGAUGAAAGGGGAAUGGUGCAUGGAUCAAGGAUACGACAUGGAAGAUAUGGUUGCUAAGAUUUGCACCCGAAACUGCGCCACUUUUAAUGCCUUUUGCGUUCGUAAAUGCUGUCCUGAAGGAUAUCAUUAUAAAGUAAGAAGAUGCAAUAGUUUAGUUAGUUCGUGCGUCCCUAAUGUUGACGAGCAAAAUUAUUUCCAACCAAUGUACUAUUUGGAACCAUUAAGGAAUGAUCACUUUGGUUUGACAGAUAUAAUGGGAAUCCGGACGAACCUAGAAUGCCCGGACGGAAAGUUUGUUCUGAACAGAUCAGACCCACGUGACAAUCAUCGUUUGACUGCCGAGGGUUUACUGGAAUCAUCGAUAUCUCUUACAAACGACUACUGUAUAGAAAUGUUCGAUCGCAGGCAUUGUCCAGAGAAUGAUGUUAUUUCUAGUACCGUCCUCUGCUUUAUUGCAGCAGAAAAGAUAAAGGACUUUCGCGUAGCUUUCGUGAUAAAUAGUAUAUCGAGCGUUUGCUUGGCGCUGACGCUGAUCGUGUACUGCGCGCUGCCCGAGCUGCGCAACCUGCACGGCCAGACGCUCAUCUGCCACGUCAGCAUGAUGCUGCUUGCUUACUCCUGCCUCGCUAGAGUACAGUACAGCCCUGUCUUUGACAAACUCACAUGCAAAUUACUCGGGUAUGGUAUCUAUUUCGGAUUCAUGGCGGCGUUCGGCUGGCUGAACGUCAUGUGCUUCGACAUAUGGUGGACAUUUGGGAGUGUAAGGACUGUUCAACCUUUAAGGAAGAGUAGUUCUGAACGUCGUCGUUUCAUAUGGUAUUCCAUGUACGCGUGGAGUAUUGCAGUAGUUUUGACGCUGACCAUGUUCCUUUUGGAUCGGUAUCCUAUUUCCAUCAUCCUCGAUGCCAAUAUCGGAAAUGGUGCCUGCUGGUUUGGAUCACUUCAGAACGUGCAGUCAGAUUGGCCUCACUACAUAUAUUUUGUAAUACCAAUAGGCAUUAUAACUGGCACUAACUUUAUCCUAUGGAUACUUACUGCUCGGCACUGCGCCCGCGUCAAGUCCGAGGUGCAUCGCUUGCAGGCGGGCUCCGUCGGUGACCGCGCCAAGCGACGUUUUCGUGUUGACAGAGCUAAAUACGUAUUGACUGGCAAACUAUGGGUAGUGAUGGGCGCUGGCUGGGUAUCGGAACUACUCUCUACUAUUGUGACACAGCCUCCUUGGCUUUGGACUAUCGUUGAUCUGUUUAAUGAACUUCAGGGUGUCUUCAUUUUCCUCAUUCUGGUAGUCAAACCUAAGCUGUACUACCUGAUAAGAAAGCGCUUAGGUUGUUCUCGGACUCCAAUAGACACAAGGCUGGAAAAACCGGACUCGCAGAAGAAAGGCACCUCCUCCUCGGCUCGCACCUCUUCUACCUUCCUGUCGAGAACAAUCAGCUCCGACGAACGCGCUAAUUUACGAACCUACCAACAUAAUAACCACAAGCAAUCUUAAUGUUUCAUGUGUCAUGUUUCUAGAAAGUCUUUCUCAGUUGUUAUUGCAGAAUUUAUGUAGCGUGCUGUCAAUUGCAUAAUUAUU